AUGGCUGCCAGACACAAACUGGGAGCCAGCUGGAGACAGAGGACAGCCAAGAGCCAGGCAGGGCAAGCAUUUAUUGGCGGCUCCCUGGAUGCCAAGCCCCCUGCUGGGCACGGGGAGUCUGCAGGGAACACCGAGAGACUAAGACAGCUCCGGAAAGCCGGCUGGCUUUUCGGGCCGCGCAGACAAUCGGUGCGUUGUCAGCAGGGGCUGCAGCACGGAGCAGGGCAGCUGCCAUCUGAAGCACCCCAGGCCUGUUGGGGUGAGUGCCCCCCCAGUACCCUCUCCUGGGACCGGGACCCACGGGAGGCCUGGGUGAAGAGCAAGCCCUGCCCUGGAGGCUGGAGAGCUCCAGGCCUGCUGCUGGCGCUGGCGGUGGUCACUGCCAGGGCCGUGGAGGGGGGCUUCUUAGCUUUGCUCACGGCCCUCCCAAGCCCCCGGGCCAACCAAACCGCCCUGGUGGAUGUGGCCCGGGACACAGCCACCAUCUCCGUGACCCCCGCUCAGAGCAACCGCAGCUGGGUGGUGCUGUUUGAUGGGCAGAGCGGCUGCGUCUGUUACCGGCCCCCAGGGCACAGGGCCUGCUUCCUGCACCCCAUGGAGCCCCAGGACCAGGAGAACCUGCAGCUGCUGGUGAACACCUCGUGGGUCCCAGGGUCCCAUGGCCCCAGCCAGGACACUGGCCAUGCCCAGGAGCUGCUGGCUGUGCUGGGGAGGCACGAGGUGAACCCUGCCCAGAUGGGGGCUGCGGUACGGCACCUUUGCGUGCGGACGCCCAUCUACUGGGCCCGUCGCACCGAGGGGCCCCUACGGCAGCGACUUAUCUACCUCUGUAUCGACAUCGGCUUCCCCAGCAACGUCUGUGCGUCAGUCCGCUUUUAUUACCUCCCCGACUGA